AUCUUCAAUCACUUGACACAUUGAUUCAUCUGUCAUAUCGAAUCCCAGGCGUUGUGAAGAUGUUGACUCGGUUAUGAUGAGAAUGCAGUCCCUCUGAGUCCAGCCAUGGACACCUAUACUUUUGCGACUUCUCGGCAGCUUGAAUUCCCUGUAUGUGUAAGGAUCAAUACACUAGAAGGCAAGCAGACCACCACACCAUAUACCGUCUUGUUGAAGCACCCGGAGAUACGGCACAUUGGAUCUGUGCAGAGUCCAACUUCAGAACUUUUUGUUACUGCUCAAUUAUGGGCUGAGUCGAAACCAUUCGGCGUGUCAGUACAGACGCCUCACAUCUUCUUCAAAGCCAACCGCACCUGGAAUAAGUGGCUGGAACUUCCAAUCUUGAUCAAAGACUGUCCGGUAUCCUCUCAGAUUGCCAUCACCAUCUGGGACCUCUCUCCCUGUCCGCAGAAUGGUAGCAUCAGUCAUACCGUGCCCUUCGGCGGCACCACUAUUCCACUCUUCGACAAUGAGGGGGCUUUGAGAAGAGGACGACAAAAAUGUAAGGUUCAUCGUAGAAAGGCUGCCGAUGGCCAUCUCUCUUCCACCACUCCACAUGUACCUCGACAAAAGAGGCGAAAACGGAAUGAGGAGCCGCCACCCAUGGUUCCAGAGGAAGAAGAACUAGAAAGACUCGAGCAACUUUUCAAAAAGCACGAGAUGAACGAAAUCCCACAGAACGAUUGGCUUGAUCAACUCGUGUUUCAGAAUGUGGGAAAAAAGGCACGAGAGGUUGAAGAGGCGGCCAGGAAACGCCCGAGCAUGCACAAAGCUUCGAAAAGAAAAGCCGCCAAGAUGAGGGUGAAGGAAGUCGGAACUCAGAAUGGCAGUAACGGGACAGCCGACGAGAGUGAGUCUGAGGAAGAAUCAGACGACGAAGAGCACUUCACGUUGUAUGUCGAUUUUCCGCGAUGGGACUUUCCCGUCGUCUUCGAAGACCACGAAUAUGAACCUUCGAGGAUGAUGAGAGAAUUUCAGAGCACUCUUUCAUCCUCUUUACUCGGUGGAAAACCCCCUACGCCCGAAGUUCGCUAUGGUCCUGGUAUCGCCAAUGGUAACAACGUGGUUGAUGACGAGGACUAUCCCGUCGUUCAGAUCUUCGACCCCGAACAAUUCCAGCGAGAGAAUCCUUGCGAAACGAAGCAUAGGCGCCUGGUGCGUAGCGACCGAAAUGCUUUGUACGACGUUGAUCAGAAGCCGAAUGCAAAAUUGCGAGACGAGCUGAACGAGAUUCUUUCGUACGGACCCACGCAAGAAUUGACCCCACAAGAGAAGGAUGUUGUUUGGACGUUCAGACGUCAUUUGAGUCGCGACAAACGAGCCCUCACUAAAGUUGUAAAGGCAACAGAUUGGAGCAAUCCAAGUGAAGCCAGGCAAAUGGCUGAGUUGAUCCCACGGUGGGCCAAGAUCGAUGUUGACUCGGCUCUUGAGCUCCUUGGACCCACCUACGACAGUCCUGUCGUUCGGGCAUAUGCGGUCGAUCGACUUCGACAAGCGGGCGAUGCAGAGCUACUGUUAUACCUCCUUCAACUCGUACAAGCACUGAAGUUCGAGGAUUAUGAAACCAAGGAGGAAGGCCUACCACACUCGUCACUGGCCAAAUUCCUCAUCGACCGUGCUGCGAACAACUUCAAACUUGGAAACUAUCUCCACUGGUAUCUGAUGGUCGAAUGCGACGACCAGGGUCCUGAUACAAAUGCAAUCAACCGCAAACUGUUUGCACGAGUGGAAUACUAUUUCAUGUUGGAGUUAGAAGCUCGGGCCCCGGAACAACGCAAAACACUAUUGAGACAGGCCGAGAUGAUUGCUGUGCUCUCAAGAAUCAGCAAGGAGGUUCGCUUCAGCCGGAGCAACCGCAUUCAGAAGAUUGAGGUACUUAAGAAGUAUCUCGCUGAUCCAAAGAAUGAGCUGUUGAAGAUUGAACCACCAAUCCCGCUACCACUGGAUCCAGAGAUCGAAGUCUGCGGCGUUUACCCUGAAGAAGCGAAUGUCUUCAAGUCGUCGCUAUCUCCAUUGUUUCUCAACUUCAAGAUCGCUACCUCAAGAGACAACGAGGUUGCCACACAGGCGCGCUCGCAAGCACAGGGGAAGUAUCCCAUGAUCUUCAAAACGGGGGAUGACCUCCGGCAAGAUCAACUGGUCAUCCAAAUCAUCGAGCUGAUGAACAAUUUGUUGCUAAAGGAGAAUCUGGACUUGAAGCUCACUCCAUAUCGUAUUCUGGCAACCUCGCCAACAGCAGGUGCAGUCCAAUUUAUCCAAUCGACCGCAAUUUCAGCCGUCUCUGCCAAAUACAAAGGUUCUGUGCUGGCCUACCUGAAGGCCAACAACCCCGAUGAAACAGGUCCGCUCGGCGUCCGCAAAGACACCAUGGAUACGUACAUCAGGUCCUGUGCUGGCUACUGUGUCAUCACGUAUAUCCUGGGUGUUGGCGAUCGGCAUCUUGACAACCUUCUGCUGCAACCGUCCGGGCAUUUUUUCCACAUUGAUUUCGGCUUCAUUCUUGGGCGUGAUCCAAAGCCGUUCGCUCCGCUCAUCAAGCUCUGCAAGGAGAUGGUGGAAGGUCUUGGGGGCACCAUGUCUCCGCAGUAUGCUCAAUUCAAGCAGUAUUGCUUUACAGCCUAUUCUACAUUACGGAAAUCAAGCUCUCUGAUCCUCAACCUGUUCAGUCUGAUGGUCCAGUCUUCGGUUCAAGAUAUCCGACUGGUGGAGGAGCAAAUGGGAGGAAUGGGUGGUGCUGUUGCUAAAGUACGGGAGCGAUUCCAUCUCGAUGUCAGCGAAGAAGAAGCUGUAAGAUUGUUAGACCAGGUGUUGGCGGACAGCGUCAACGCCGUCUUUGGAGUGGUGAUUGAUCGACUGCACGAGUUUGUCCAAGGCUGGAGGGCUUGAUUCUAGACAUGGCCAAGCAGCUCCCAGGUUUCACUAUGAAAACACUGGAGUCCAAUUCUCCUAGAUACGAGUACGGAAACGCGUUGUAAGUUCUGUAAGAA